CCGGUGUGAUCCCUGUUGGCCCGAACAGUCUGAAAGCCGUCGAUGGAAACGUUAUGGUCCGGGAUAUCCUGAUGUAGCCAUGUCUCCCAGAAGCACAUCAAACUACACUCCCGGAACUCCGUCUGACUCCGGGCUAACGCCGUUAGCUCAUCCAUUUUAUUCGCCAGUGAUCUGACGUUGCCCAGGACGAGAGACGGCAGACACGGCUUAAAUCUCUUGUUCUUAAAUAUCUUUUCUCUUCCCUCGCCGCUUCGUUCCACCUCUGCAUCCUCGGUGUGCCCUCCUCCAGAUCUCAGUGGGGACAUCGGUUGUCGUAGGCUGUUCUAAGGGAAAAACAGAAACUCUGGCAGCUAAGAGCGGCUCCCAUUCCUCAACACUCUGAUAAACAGCAAAUUCAUAUAAUUCAGUGCGAAGUGUCGCUAUUUUCCAAGCUACUGUAGCUGUCAUAUUCGUCAUAAGGAAGUGGGCGUGGUUUCAUCUGGGUGGGAAAAACGAUAGACGUGAAAGCUUCAGUUUCACUUUCAUUGUGUGACAGUGCAGCUAUUUGUGGGUGUGGUUUGGUGUAUAGGGACAUUUUAAAAAUGAGCUGCAGCAGACACUCUGAACACUGUGUCUCCACUUCAGCUGCAGUAUCUACUCUCUACUCUUUAACCCAAACAUGACCAGCAACUUAGGUUAUAGCAGAACAAAUAAUGAGGAGCUGAGGAUAGUGUUGGUGGGGAAGACUGGUAAUGGGAAGAGUGCCACUGGAAACACCAUUCUGGGACGACCGUGCUUUGUAUCUAAGUUCAGUGCAAAGUCUAUGACUGUAGACUGUUCUAAGGGCAAAGCUGUCGUGGAUGGGCAACAGGUUGCUGUCAUUGACACCCCGGGCCUGUUUGACACCAGGUUUGGCAUGGAUAAGACAGCUCAAGAUAUAUGCCAGUGCAUCUCUUACGCUGCUCCUGGACCCCAUGUGUUCCUGGUGGUCAUCAGGCUGGGCAGAUACACUGAAGAGGAGAAGCUGGCGGUGCAAAGGAUUCAAGAAAUCUUUGGCCAGGCUGCAGACAGAUACAGCAUGGUUCUCUUUACUGGUGGUGACCUUAUUGAAGACACCACUAUUGAGGACUUCUUGAAUGAAAGCUCAGACCUUCAAGAACUCGUGGCCAGAUGUAACGGCCAGUACCAUGUCUUCAAUAAUAAGCUGAAGGAUCGCUCUCAGGUCACUGAGCUGCUCCAGAAGAUCAGAAAUAUAGCCCAGAGGAACGGAGGAAGCCACUACACCAACGAGAUGUUCCAAGAGGCCGAGAGGGCCCGGAGAGAAGAGCUGAGGAUAGUGAUGGUGGGGAAGACAGGAAUUGGGAAGAGUGCCACUGGAAACACCAUUCUGGGACGACCGUGCUUUGUAUCCAAGUUCAGUGCAAAGUCUAUGACUGUAGACUGUUCUAAGGGCAAAGCUGUCGUGGAUGGGCAACAGGUUGCUGUCAUUGACACCCCGGGCCUGUUUGACACCAGGUUUGGCAUGGAUAAGACAGCUCAAGAUAUAUGCCAGUGCAUCUCUUACGCUGCUCCUGGACCCCAUGUGUUCCUGGUGGUCAUCAGGCUGGGCAGAUACACUGAAGAGGAGAAGCUGACGGUGCAAAGGAUUCAAGAAAUCUUUGGCCAGGCUGCAGACAGAUACAGCAUGGUUCUCUUUACUGGUGGUGACCUUAUUGAAGACACCACUAUUGAGGACUUCUUGAAUGAAAGCUCAGACCUUCAAGAACUCGUGGCCAGAUGUAACGGCCAGUACCAUGUCUUCAAUAAUAAGAUGAAGGAUCGCUCUCAGGUCACUGAGCUGCUCCAGAAGAUCAGAAAUAUAGCCCAGAGGAACGGAGGAAGCCACUACACCAACGAGAUGUUCCAAGAGGCCGAGAGGGCAAUUGAAGAGAAGAAACAACAGAUCCUGGAAGAGAAGGAAGAGAAAAUCCGAAACGAAAAAGAAGAAUUGGAAAGGAAACUUCAGGGAAAAUAUGAAAGAGAGAUGAAUAUAAUGAGAGAGCAACUCCAGGCUGACAGAGAGAGGGAGAGGAACGAGAGAGAAGAGGAGAGGAAGAAGGAGAAGCAGGAGAUGAAUGAGGAAAGAAAGAGGGAGAAGGAAGAGCUAGAAAGAGAGAGAAAGGAGAGAGAAACGGAGUUGAGAGAAAAGAUGAAUAAAAUAACCGAACAACAUGAGAAAGAACUGAGAGAGGAAAGACAUAAGUUGCAGUCCAGACAUGAAAAAGAGGCCAGGGAUGAAGCUGAGGGGUUUAAUCUAUUAUAUCCUCUGGUAAAAGCUGGUGAAGCCAUAGUUGCAGGAUUUAACUUACUUGGAAAGGCAAUUUCGAGCUGGUUCAAGUGAGUGAUCCCAAAUUCAGGCUGAUUAACCACAGAUGAACCCUCCAGAAGCUCACACACACAAGAACAUAUGAAAUAUAGAAAAAUUAUUUCAUCCACAGAAAUAUAAUCACAAUUUCAUUUUAAGAAUUAUCAGAGUGAAGAGUAGAGAGUAUAAAAUGUUUGCAUAUCAUUAAUAUAUUUUCAUAUUAUAACUCAAGCUAGGUUUAAUAUGAAAUUAUACUUAUUAUAUUAAGUUUUCAUUUUUUUUUAAAUUGUCAUUUAACCACUGCACUUUGUUUUCUGCAGACUAAUAUUUAUCCAUGAUCAGAAAAAGUUCUCACCGUCCAUAUAUAUAGAUUUUUUUUUGUUUUUUUCUUCAUUUCCUCACUCUGGUUUUGGUCAGUUUUACUUGUAAUUGUAACUGUUUGUAAAUUCUUACAUUAUUUGAUUUUGUUCUCCUGUUGGUCACAGUCUGUCAUCCUUUCAUUGCAUUCAUUCAUUUUCAUGGUUUAUGUUGAUGAUUUAUACCACUCAAGAACAAAUAUGUGUCCAUCUGCUAAACUGAACUAGAAAUAAAGAUGUGAUUUUAAGACUAAA